UCUAUCCCUUUCUAAUUACAAUUAAUGGAGAGCUUAGUCCAAGCCUCACCCAAAAACUCCCCAAAAACCCACCACCAUGGUGGCCACCACCAUGACCAAAACUGCCCCACCCUCAUCACCAUCAACAACAACCCAUCAACCCAACUGAGCAACAAAGACAAGCGCUCUAUGCCCCUUCUAGUGAUCAAUUACUUGUGUCUCUUCAUAGGCUCAGUCUCUUCAAGCCUACUCUCCAAGUACUAUUUCAUCCACAAAGGCUCAAGCAUUUGGGUUUCUACAUGGGUUCAAUGUGCUGGCUUCCCUCUCCUCCUCCCUUUUGUUUUCACUCCUUAUUAUCUCCUCAAUAGCACCCAAAGAAAACCCUUCUCUCACUUCACCCCAAAAAUCUUAACCCUCUCCAUUUUCAUAGGCCUCAUGUUGGGCCUCAACAACUUCCUCUUCUCUUGGGGCAACUCCUAUCUCCCAGUCUCCACCUCCUCCCUUCUCCUCUCAUCCCAGCUUGUCUUCAACCUCAUUCUCUCAGUCAUCAUAGUCAAACAGAAAAUCACAUUUUCAAAUCUCAACUGUGUGAUCCUCCUAACAAUAAGCUCAGUGCUCUUGGCCUUGGGGUCCAGCCAUGACAAGCCUCCUGGCUUGACCCGUGGGAAGUACUUCUUGGGCUUCUUCUCCACCAUUGGGGCAGGCUUGCUGUUUGCUCUCUAUCUCCCAGUCAUGGAGAAGAUCUACAGAAAGGUUUACUGCUACGCCAUGGUGAUAGAAAUGCAACUGGUGAUGCAGGUCUCGGCCACGGCGCUGGCCACGCUCGGGAUGGCCCUCAACGGUGCGUUUCGGGAGAUGAAGGUGGAGAGCAUGAAGGUGUUUGAUAAAGGGCAGAGUAUUUACUGGGUGACCGUGCUGUGCAACGUGGUGACGUGGCAGCUGUGCUUCAUGGGGACGGCUGGGAUGGUGUUCUUGACCUCAUCGUUGACCGGGGGAAUUUGCAUGACGGCUUUGAUGGGGAUGAAUGUGUUGGGAGGGGUUUUGGUGUAUGGGGAUGAGUUUGGGGGAGUGAAGGUGGUGUCUACUUUGUUGUGUGGGUGGGGGUUCUGUUCUUAUGCGUAUGGGAUUUACAUGAAUACCAAACUAGGUAAAGAAGAUGAUGGAGAUAAAGACAAAGAGGACACCCACCCAGGGAUGGCGAUGGGUGUGCGUAGUGUAAAUGAUAGUAGUGUUUGA